AUGUCAUAUGACGACAAGUAUAGACACUUCUCCAUGGCAAAGAUGAGACAAGUUUUAAAUAUUUACAAUAGCCGUAAACAAAAAGGUUUGGGAAACCACUCCCCCGAAGAAAUGAAAAACAACCCUGACUUAGAGAAAGACUAUAUAUUUAAUAAUUUAGUCAAAAGAGACAAACAAGAAAGAAUGCCGGGCUUCAAACUUAAGAAAGGCGACAAAGUAAAAAUAGAAAUACCUAAACGCGACCCAUAUGAAAAUACUAUUGACUAUGACAACAAUGGGAACCCGACAGGUACUCACAUUCGUGUUCGUAAAAAUAGAAGAAAGUAUACAAGAGAAUAUUAUGAAGUUUUAGGCAAACAUGGCAAAAUGUACAGACUGCAAGCAGAAGAUAAAACUACUAUUGUCAGACCUCGUUUCAAACUUGUCAAAGUUCAAGGUGGUAUACUUUCAAAGACAGUUCCUAACAAAUAUAAGACAACUCCUGACGAAUAUGCUAAAGAAGUUGAAAAUGACGACUAA